UAGUAAUGUUUAAAAAUCACACAUAAAAUUUUGCCUUUCAUUUAUUUAAUGAUGAAAAUCAAAUACUUUCUACAUCGAUUUGUCAAAUUUGGUGCUGUAAUUUUUCUUAUAAAGGUUUUUCAACUCAUUUUGAAUCGUGCAGAGCUAGUUGCGCAACAUAACGGCCAGCUCGCUCGAACUCCGCUAGCAAAAUUCCAGGUCUUCCAGGCCGAAGAAAUUGUGGACGACGUUUUCGGCUUAGAGCCAGUGCCGGAUAUUUGCCGCGAAUUCUUUCCUGAUUACUUCAACAACUUCGAUCUGUUUAGACUGUCGAAAGACACUAUCAACCAUUCUCAUCACUUUGACGAAAGGGGAAUGCCCUUUGGCCUGACCAACUUGACCUUUGACACAAUGUUGGAAGUGUUGUCGGAAGUGGACAGUGCCCCUCUGCCAAAACUGUCCGCAAACGCCACCUGUGUAGUGGUCGGCUCAUCCGGCAUUCUAUCCAGGAAAAACGUGUCAUCCCUCAUCGACAAUUACGACUACGUUUUCCGCUUCAACAACGCGCCCGUGUACUCACACCGACACGCAGUCGGGUCCAAGAUCAGUUUCUACACGACUUACUUUUCCACCAUACGAGACGCCAUCCGAAACGGACGCAAAGACCAGGCGGAUCAAGUUCUCUACAUAUUCACGUACCCCAAAGAAUUCUUAGCUCCCCUUUACUACAUAAAUCCAAAGAAAUACAACAAAAUGAAGGCCAAAUAUUUCUCUGGAAUUCAGAAGUCUGUCUAUAAAGACCCACCCACUGGAAGAAUUUAUCGAGAUAUGAAGUUAUUUUACCAAAAUAGCAACAUAACUUUCCUUUCACCUCUUCUGGGCUCUCAAAUCAGGAAUCAUUUGUUGAAAAAUGAGAGAAUUCGGGCAACAAGUGGGCUAAUUGGUCUGGUUAUGGCGAUAUCUCUGUGUCCCAAUCCACCAGACAUUGCCGGGUUUUCACUCGGAAACAGCGACUUGUACCCUUAUCAUUACUACUCGGCUUUUAAGAAGUCGUAUCUGACGAAAGUCCACAACGCUAGUUCAGAAACUGCAGUGAUUAAACGCAUGUUUGGAUGUAGAUUGUUGGGUAAUGAUCUAACGAACGGAAUUUUGAAUAUUUUGUAA